CUUAGAUUAUAUAAAGUCAUGAAAUUAAUAGAUGAAAAUUGAUUGAUAUGGUUCACUAGUGAUGUUUGUGAAGAUCUUGAUCAAUACAGAAUGACAGGAUAUCAUAUAGAAACCACUGGCGAGCUGAAAUACUCAGGGCUAGAGUCUGGCACUACUAGCUGGAAACAGGGUACUAUGGUUCUGCACUGUAAAGAUGGGUCAUGGAAACUUGAUCUCUAUAUCAACUGUAAUAGGACUGGACCAGUGAAGUCCUUCCAGAUUAACAGCAACUCCAUCAAAAAGACAAUUCUGAAGGAGAAGAACUACUUUAUAGAACUAAUGAUUCCAAUGAGAGGAGGGGCUUGUAAUAUUUACUUUAGACCAGAUGGCAGAAGUUACAUGAAAACUAGAGAGUUAGAUGCUGUGGUACAAGACAUCAAGAACAACAAAGUGGAACAAGCACAAACCCCUUGUAAAGAUAAAAGUGUGAUCUCGAGGUCUGGUCUGUUAGAAGAAAGUCCCAUGUCACAGAAUAUAAAAUCCUCCAAACAAGACAUACCGCAACAGUUUACCAGUUCUGUUUUCAGCAUGAAGGAACCUCCUUCUCGAAGGGAUGACCAGGUGUCAUUGUACUGUGAUGAAGAGUAUAGUGAAAAUAAUGGCUCAGAGAAGGAGAAUUUUUUAUUUCGUGGUCUGGAGAAGAGUGAUGCCAUAACUAAACAGUCUUGCUCUGUGGACACAAUCCGUACGCCCAAGUUUUAUAAUUCUUCUAAACACAGCUUAUUUACCGGCUAUUCUUCUGCAAGUGUUGGAUCCUCAAGCAAAAAGCUGGAGCUGAUGCCAGAUCCUACCCCAAGGCUUUCAACUGGAGUUAAUUAUUCCUGGUCCAAAAACAAGCUCUCUUUACCCCAGAAAGAUAGCACUCAGCUCUCAGGAUUUUCCAACCUUGGCAACACCUGUUACAUGAAUGCCAUUCUCCAGUCUUUGUUUCACUUAGAACCUUUUACCAGAGACUUAGUCCACAUAAGUCGUAAAAUCUCCAGAAGCCUACCUCAGCAGUCACUCUAUCAAUCUUUGGUACGACUGCAUGGUUCACGUAAGCGGAUUUUGUCAGACUUUUCCAAGAGGGAUUUACUCAGGAAUGUUAAACAAGCGAUUUCCUCAAGUGCCAAAAGAUUUUCUGGCUACCAGCAACAUGAUGCCCAUGAAUUUCUGAAUCAGGUUCUGGAUCAGCUAAAAGAGGAAGUAGCCAAAGUGAUGAAGUCAACACCCAGUCCAAGCCGCAGUCCAAGGGAGAUAACUGAGACAGUAGAUCUCAUUAACCCAACACUGCAGAAUUUUGAGUUUGAAGUGACCCACACAAUUUCAUGUACAAAUUGCUCAGAAAAGGUGACAAAAGCUGAGCAGUUCUAUGAUCUCUCCUUGGAGAUGCCAAGAAAGAGAACUGGAUCUACACCCUGUACAAUCCAAAAUGCAUUAGACCUAUUCUUUAAGAAGGAAGCAAUUGAGUAUAGAUGUGAGAAAUGUGGCUGCUGUAAGGCUGAGGUUUCUCAUAAAUUCACCAGACUACCUAGGGUAUUGAUUUUACAUCUUAAACGUUACAAUUACAACACUGCAUCUACAAUCCAGUCCAAGAUGUUACAGAAUAUAGUGAUUCCUAAGUACCUUAGCCUGCAUCACCACUGUGUGGAGGAUACAAAUAAACCCUACCCCAUCAGCUGGCCACUGCCUAUUCCUCCAAGUCCACAGAAAAGCUUGGUGGAUUCUCCAAAAGAAAGCACUCCAAGGCGCAAAUUAGACAUGAACAACAGUUUUAGGUUUAAAAAAUCCAGAGUUCUCCCUCUUUUUGAUUCUGAUGAAGACAUUUUAUCAAGUUCUCCAAGCAAGAAACAGAAAGUAGAAGAUAAUCAGGAAAAUUCAGAGAACAUGGAGAAGAAAAGAGAGCCUUUUAAGACUUUAACGCUGGCUGAUUCACAAGAAGAUCCAGACCUUGCUAAAGCCUUGGAGUUGUCCCUGCAGGAGGCCAAUGAACGAGCACAGCAAGACCAGUAUGGUGAUGAGGUAGAUGGAGGGGGAAUGGAAGAGUCCGAUUUCCAGAAAGCUUUAGAGAUGAGUCGACUAGAGUCAGCUCAACCACAACCUGAUCAUGAUUAUGGUUCUGAUCUCAAUGGAAUGUCCGAGGAAGAACAGAUGAGGAUUGCUAUAGAGCAGAGUAUGAGAGAGUUUGAACAGACAAACUAUUUACCAGAUCCUGAGGAGGAGAAUCUGUAUAAACACACCAGUGAUAUAGAACAAACUCAGCAAAACAAGGGAGGGGACAUAAUCAAACAGUGCAGUGCUUUAGUGUAUGAGACCUGCUUACAGAAUGGACUGGAAAAUGACAAAAACCAAGAUACUGUGGACUCUAAAGAUAAAACUGUUGAUGACUCUGUAACUUAUAGAUCAAAGUAUUUUGCCACAAAAGAGAAAUGCGAUGUCUGUGAUACAAAUAAAGCAGGAAACUCUGCAAUGGAACAGGAGUGUAAGUGUAAGACAGAUGCUUCUGACUGCAAUGGAAACAAAAUCACCAGUGGAAAGCCUCUGUCAUCAUUGAAUGGGGGUAGUAUACAGCAGGAAGGCAGCUUUGUUCCUAAGCUGAGUACUGCAAGUGAUUUUAAAUCCAUGUUUGAUGACGAGGACUUUGACCAAGAUGUGUUAUUGCUUGAUGAGCCCUGGUGCUCCUCGGAAGACAAGGAAAACAAAAAGCCCUCAUCUCCUGUGGAGGAGGACACCUGUCUGAUUGAAGAACUUCCUAUCAUUAGCAAUGAGAAAGGAGAUAUGCCUCAGUCCUAUCGUCUAGUCAGUGUGGUGAAUCACAUAGGAACCAGUUCAUUUGUUGGACACUACAUCAGUGAUGUCUUUGAUGCAGAGAAAAGUUGCUGGUACAGCUUUGAUGACUCUCAUGUCUCUAAAACAACAGAAUCAGAAAUCAGGUCAAGUCGAGAGAGAAGUGGAUACAUAUUCUUCUACCUCAACAAAGACAUUUAUGAAGAUUUAACUCAGCAUUUGGAAUUGACCAAACACAACACUCAAGUUUAGAUUGGAAAUUAUUUGUUCAUAGAUAAUAUAUACAGUACAUGAGAAAAUGUAUUCAUGUUAUUUAUUU